AAGCUUGUUGACGACGUGAAGUCGUUUCACAUAGCGAAGGCCGCAGGUUUCCCAUGUUUAUAUAGGGAGCAACAGGGCGGCCGCUGUAAAGGAACUCGGGAUCCAGCGAAAUCUUCAGCGCGAGCUGGCCUCAGUCCAACAAAAUACAUAUAGUGCAUUCGUCUCGAAGGAAACCGGGCUUCAAAAACACCCAUCUUACGUCAGUAAAGUGGCGAGAUAUUAACGAACCGAACACCACGUACAAAGAGAUUGCUAGAUUAUUUCUUCCUUGGAGGAAGGAAAACGCUGAACUCUUUUGAAGACCAUCUAAUUUUCAAUCGCCUACUUCAAGUUGAAACAAAGUGGAUCUGCUGCAUAUAACAGUAAAGGACUUCAAAUCCAUUGUUUUCACGUGUGAUUCACAUUACUUUUCAAGUUACGACACAAGGAUUUCAGUUUUCACAUAGCUAACUCGGGACGUUCGGAUAUCAACCCAGAUCACACAUUGCAGUAAGGUUUUACAGCCCACGUUGACAUCCACCAUCAACUACACACUGCAAAAUGAAAACCAUGCUCCGAAUGUCUCUUCUCAUGCUUCUGGCGUUGCUUGGCAACGCCGAGGAGGGUCACCAUGACGACCACGGCCACGUGGACGCCUUUAGCAGUGUGUUCAAACAUCUACAACCCAAUGACGUCUUAACUGAGGAAUCGUACUUAACUCCACAGUCUGCACAGACUAUAUUAAAUGAGGUUUUGAAUCGAUUUGGCUGCCUACAAAAACAGUUUAACUGUUCGGAGUGUAUGCCAAUGACUACAGUUUUCUCUGUGGUUGGUGGAAACAUCAGCGUUGGUUUGAGCGAGGAGCAGUACAACCAGGCCAGCGUGCUCAUACUUUACUUCCUCCACGGUCAGGAGAGUGGGGUGUGCAAUUUGAAUUCCACAUUGCCAUUCAGCUUCUUUGCAGAUGCCAUUAUGAAGGUAUAA